UUGCCUCUUCCCUCCCUCCCUUCCUUCCUGCCCGCCUCUUUCUCUCUUUACCUCCUUCUUCGUCAGUCAGUCAGUCAGUGAGUGAGUCGGGCGCGUCCCCUCCUUUCCUUCCUUCCCUCACGAAGGAGCCGCCUUCCUCGCCUCAGCCCUGACAGCGGCCUUCCCCGCUUCCUUCCCUCCCUCCCUCCCUUCCUUCCCUUCCUUCCCUUGAUGGCGGCCCCGGUGAAGAAGGGCCCCGGCGGGCUGAUCGGCCUCAUGAAGGACGCCUUCCAGCCCCACCACCACCACCACCUCGGCCCUCACCAGCCCAGCACCGUCGACAAGAAGAUGGUCGAGAAGUGCUGGAAGCUCAUGGACAAAGUUGUGCGUUUGUGCCAGAAUCCCAAGCUGGCCCUGAAAAACAGCCCUCCUUACAUUCUCGACCUGCUUCCUGACACUUACCAGCACCUGCGCACCAUCCUGUCUCGCUACGAGGGGAAGAUGGAAACACUGGGAGAUAAUGAAUAUUUCAGGGUGUUCAUGGAAAACCUGAUGAAAAAGACAAAGCAGACCAUCAGCCUAUUUAAAGAAGGAAAGGAGAGAAUGUAUGAAGAGAAUUCUCAGCCCAGGCGCAACCUUACCAAGCUGUCCCUGAUCUUCAGCCACAUGUUGGCAGAACUCAAAGGCAUCUUCCCGAGUGGACUCUUCCAAGGAGACAACUUCCGAAUCACAAAGGCAGAUGCAGCGGAGUUCUGGAGAAAAGCUUUUGGGGAAAAGACCAUUGUUCCCUGGAAGAUCUUCCGUCCAGCUCUACAUGAAGUGCAUCCUAUAAGUUCAGGCCUUGAGGCAAUGGCACUUAAAUCAACUAUAGACUUGACGUGCAACGAUUACAUUUCUGUGUUUGAGUUUGACAUAUUCACUCGUCUAUUUCAGCCGUGGUCAUCUUUGCUCAGGAACUGGAAUAGCCUUGCCGUGACCCAUCCCGGUUACAUGGCAUUCCUGACGUACGAUGAGGUCAAAGCGCGACUUCAGAAAUUCAUUCACAAGCCUGGGAGUUACAUUUUCCGCCUGAGCUGCACACGACUCGGCCAGUGGGCGAUCGGUUAUGUGACGGCGGAUGGAAAUAUCCUCCAGACAAUUCCCCACAACAAGCCCCUUUUCCAAGCAUUGAUUGAUGGCUUCAGGGAAGGCUUUUACUUAUAUCCGGAUGGGCGGAAUCAGAACCCUGACUUGACCGGUCUGUGUGAGCCCACCCCGCAGGACCACAUUAAAGUGACACAGGAACAAUAUGAAUUGUACUGUGAAAUGGGUUCUACCUUCCAACUGUGUAAAAUCUGUGCAGAAAAUGACAAAGAUGUGAAAAUAGAGCCCUGCGGCCACCUGAUGUGCACUUCAUGCCUCACUUCCUGGCAGGAAUCCGAAGGGCAGGGCUGUCCAUUCUGCCGCUGUGAAAUUAAAGGCACGGAACCCAUUGUCGUUGACCCCUUUGAUCCCAGGGGGGGAGGAGGACUGCUCCGGCAAGGCGCAGAGGGGGCCCCUUCUCCCAAUUAUGAAGACGAUGAUGACGACAGAGCAGACGAAUCACUCUUCAUGAUGAAAGAACUGGCGGGCGCAAAGGUCGAACGCCCCCCUUCUCCAUUUUCAGUGGCUCCACAGGCAUCACUCCCUCCGGUGCCCCCGCGGUUAGAUCUCCUGCAACAACGUGUCUCCAAUCCUCCUGGAGCUUCAAGUCCAGGGACCACCUCUAAGGCUGCACCGGGCUCCCUCCACAAAGACAAACCUUUGCCAAUCCCACCAACGCAUCGAGAUCUCCCUCCUCCACCGCCUCCAGACCGGCCACAUCCAGUUGGGGCGGACAACCGACCUCAGAGGCGACCCUUGCCUUGCACGCCGGGGGACAAGUUGCCUCUUGUGCCCUGUAACCGCCAGGCAGAGCUCUGGCCCGUGCGGCCCAUCCCCAAAGCGCCCGGCGGUGUCGCUUUAAGUUCUGGUGAGCCUUGGGCAGGCCGAGAUGUGACAAACCGGCACUCCCUCCCAUUCUCACUACCUUCCCAGAUGGACUCCAGAGCAGAGCCCCACCGGCAUGGAAGCACUCUGAGCUUGGACACCACAGCGUCAAACCAACCCAGUGGGCUCCCUGCUGGCUUGGAUGCUGAACACUCCAAAAUAAAACCAUCUUCUUCGGCCAAUGCCAUCUACUCCCUUGCUGCAAGACCGCUGCCUGGGCCAAAGCUGCCGCAUGGAGAGCCCUCUGAAAAUGACGAAGACACCGAGUACAUGUCGCCGUCCUCACUGCCCCUUGUGCCGCCGCUUGCCUUGGCCGGACAAAAGCCUGAGGCCAAAUUGCCUUUGGAAGCGAGCCAGAGUUCACGGGUGUUGGAGGAUGAGGAGGACAUGGACGGGUGCACCUAUGAAGCCAUGUUCAACAUCCACUCGCAAGCAGCACCUUCUGGCUCUGAGGCUGCCAGCGCUCUUGAGGGGAUCGAUAGCACAGCUUCCAAUGCCACCAAUGGUCCUGAGGAGUCGGAGAAUGAGGAGGAUGGUUACGAUGUGCCCAGGCCAGCUCUCCACAUGACCAUGGCCCGGCGGACGCUCUCCGAUAUCUCCAACGCAGCCUCUGCCUUCAGCCGUGCUUCUCUGGAUGGGGAGGUCCUAGCAGGAUUUUCUGAUGGUGCCCAGGUUCCAGAGAGGCCCCCCAAACCCUUGCCACGAAGGAUCAACUCCGAGCGGAAAGCAGGCAGCUGCCUGCCGGUGGGCGGUGGAGCAGGGCCGGUCCCGGCCGCCGCCUCCCUGCAGCUCUCCAGCGAGAUCGAGAGCCUCAUGAGCCAGGGCUACUCAUAUCAGGACAUCCAGAAGGCCCUGGUCAUUGCCCACAACAACAUUGACAUGGCCAAGAACAUCCUCCGGGAGUUUGUCUCGGUCUCGUCCCCGGCCCACGUGGCCACAUAGCACAGCCCCUCGCUCUGCCUGGGACCCCCUGCCUGGGCGGCACCCUGCCCAGCCUCUUCUAGAGGAGUUCAUAGGCUCCUGGAGAGACUUCCUGAGAAGUCAGGCCUGCCUCGACGGAGCAUCAUCGGUCAUCAGGGUUUUAUGCGAUUCCAGGUGUCAAACGCGAGCGGAGUGAAGCGGAGCGGCUAGGUGUGCGUCCUCGACAGUCUGUGUGUGUCUUUUCCGGAGUCUCCCCCGACCCCUGCACUUUCUAACUUGAGAGAAAAUGGACGUGUUGUGUUUUGAUAGGUAUGCCUAGGCUCCUCUACUGGGCUGGGAUAUAUAUCUAUAUAUGUCUCGUGCUGUGAAUUCAAACUGGAUGCCGGCUUCUCGAAUGGCAUCUCCACGUCGCUCAUGGCGUGCCCUCCCGCGGUUCAGGGCACCGGACGUGGACCUCUUUGCUGCUGUAUGUUUUGGCUCAGGCUUUUGAGACCAGGUCCUAGACGACGGAAGAGGUUUCAGUCCUUUCCUUCUGUAAUACUAUCCUCCCCUAGGCUUGCUCCAUUCCGUAUUGGCAGUCAGGUCCACUUUGUUGUUGUGCUGAGUCUCUUCCUUGACAGCGUUGCUUGCCACACACUGGAUUGCAAGGCACUGUAGAUGCUGGACUGUUCUCGCCUGCGCUGGUGAGGCUCAGAUGCUGCUUUAGUCCCUCGUCCUGAGCAUUAUAUUUGGAAGUCUUUUCACAUUGAAUCCAGACUGUUGUGGAGCGGAGUCUUCCAGCCGUCGUCUUGCAACACUCCCGGUGCUUUCGCUGGUUGGCACAACAUAGGGCAUCUUUGAGGCACCUCAUGGUUGCCGUUCCAUCCUCUCCUUAGUCAGCUUCCUUUCAAAGCGGGAGAUAACCACCUUCUGAUGUAGAUAUGUUUAACCUCCCAACUCAGCAGUAAAAAAGAAAUACCACUCUUCAUGAAACAUUAUUUUGAAAAAGGGAUCUCUUUCUCUAUCCUUGUUCCUUUGGAGAUGGGAGGAAGUUCAGACCUUUUGAUGGGUGACACGACACAUUUAGUUGUUUCUUUUUUCAGAAUGGAAGUUUGCAGAUUGGGUGGCAAUUCUAGAAAAAGGUGGAUUUGGGCCUGGACCACCACAGUCCAGUCAGAGGACUUUACUGCAGCAUCAGCUGCGACAACGAGAUGUCUGUCUUGACAUACAUUGCAUGUUGGAUUCUAAAGAGCAUUGGUUUCUCUUUUUCUGAUAAAGAAAUGCUAUCUCAUCCAUUGAAAGAUGGAACCAGGGGGAAACUGCGUUUAUACAAAUUGGGUUUCACUUUAUGUGGACAGCCUUAAUUGGAAAUUUUGGCAGAGGAUGUUUGCGCAGGGAUCUAUUUGGCGGCAAGUUACUCGCAUUGCAUGGGGGAAAGUGUGAAGAUUGGAAGCCACUAUUGGCUGUCUCUUGCCGUGGUGCCGAAGCUGAGUCACUGACUUGGCCAGUGGUUGCUCUUGCGUAACUUUUCCUGGCCCAGGUGAAGAGCUCUCCGAAGCCAACGCCUCACUGACGCUCCAUGCAUGAGACACUCAGCAACAACAUCAAUCCAAUUUUGCUGUUUUCGCGUGUAACACUGAAAAUUUUCCACCUGGCAGGCCUCAAACAGUGUGUUUUGUAGGGUUUGCUAUGAUUUUUCAGAUCCUGGUGACAUUUAUCAGUUGCUGAGUGAACCCCGUUGAGUAAGAAGAGCUGUGACUGGGCCAUUUCUUAAGAACCAAGUGGCCUGUGCUUUCCUAAGUUGGUAGGAUCAUGGAUACUCCCUUUUUCUCCCCAAAGGGCCCACCGACUGCACAUUGAGUCGCGGUUCGGUUUGCUAAAACUGCAAAAACCAGUUGGAAGAAGCUGUUGAGGUAAAUAAACAGCACUGAGUUGGCAACCAGCCUUCUUUGCCAGCGUGCCCAAGAAUGCCUUGGCCAAAGGAGUAGCACCAAUGUGUCUCUGUGGAUAAUGGGACACUUAUGAGACACUUGAAAUGCCAAGGCUGUCAGGACCAUUCCAGAACUAGCUUGAGCAUUGUCGCAUGUGUAGCCGACUGUGGACUUUUCUGCAUGUGUCCUCUCUCUAUCCACGUCUUGUGUCUUAAAUAACUUCUCUUAAAGCGGCUCUUUCCUCCUCCAACCAGAUGAAUGUCUUUGUUUGCAAGCACAAGGGGAGGCAGAGCGGAAAGGCUUCCCGAAAUGUAACUCCUGCUGCUUUUAAAUCCCAACCUUGUCUCUUACUUUUUUAAAAAGCUGGACUUUGUUUUGACUCUCAAGCCAAAUGUAUAGUGCCUUUCGAGAGGGAAAAAAUGCUGUAAUCACUAGGCUUUGAGCCGAAAUAGGAGAGACGGAUGGGGAGAUUUGACUAGGGGAAACGAAGGAGCAUUUCUUUACAUUCAGCGGCUUGGAAGGUGCUCUCAGGAUGGCAUGUCAAGACUCACCUUGGCGAACUUUCCUACCUUUUGCCCUCGUAAUAACCAUGCAUGGUUGGCAUUGACGGCCACCCGAAGCUUGAGUUGAAGUGGCUACAACAAAUGAUGAUGAGUUGAAGGAGUGGGUUGUUGUAGGUUUUUUCGGGUUAUAUGGCCAUGUUCUAGAGGCAUUCUCUCCUGACGUUUCACCUGCAUCUAUGGCAAGCCUCCUCAGAGGUUGUGAGGUCUGUUGGAACUAGGAAAAUGGGUUUAUAUAUCUGUGGAAUGACCCAGGGUGGGACAAAGAACUCUUGUCUGUUGGAGCUAAGUGUGAAUGUUUCAACUGACCACCUUGAUUAGCAUUUGAUGGCCUGGCAGACCGUGCAAAAAGAAUCUGCGAAGCCCACCUCCAAGAUGAACUGAAC